AUGGCCCCGCCGGGCCCCCCUCGCCUCAGCCACGGGCCCCCCCUCGGGUUGCUGCUCCUGCUGUUCCUGAAGCUCCUCUUGGGCCUGGCCCACGCAAACCGUCCCCCCUCCCCGGUCAACGUGACGAUCACUCAGCUGCGGUCAAACUCGGCCACCGUCUCGUGGGACCUGCCCGAGGGCGACGGGGUCAUCGGCUACGCCAUCUCCCAGCAACGGCAGGACGGGCAGAUGCAGCGCUUCAUCCGGGAGGUGAACACGACGGCCACGCGGUCCUGCGUGCUGUGGGACUUGGCCGAGGACGCUGACUACGUCAUCCAGGUGCAGAGCAUCGGUCUGGGCGGGGAGGGGCCCGCCAGCAAGCGCCUCCACUUCCGCACCCUCCGCCGCACCGACAGGAUCCCCGGAAGCGGAAACGGCACUUCCCCACAGGGGGACAUCACCAUGGAGGGCCUGGACACGGGGAGGCGCCUGCAGACCGGGGAGAUCAUCAUCGUGGUGGCCGUGCUGCUGAUGUGGGCAGCGGUGAUCGCGCUCUUCUGCAAGCAGUACGACAUCAUCAAGGACAACGACUCCAACAACAACAGCAAGGAGAAGGCCAAGCCCUCCUCGGAGCACAGCUCCCCAGAGAGGCCCGCCGCGGGGGGGCUGCUCCGGAGCAAGAAGAAGUCGCCUUCGGUCAACAUCAUCGAAGUCUGAGCUGGGACCAGAUGUGCCCCCCUAACGCCUGAUGACCCCUGGAAAAGGGGGCCUGCAGAGGAGGCAGAGUUGACCCUCAGGGCCCCAAUGGAGGAAGAUGGACGCCAGACAGACCCUCGGACACAAAGGAGGACGAGUCCCAAGCCGACCCCCCCUCCCCGAGACUGAUUGGGACAGGGACCGCCUUCCUUCACUGCCAGCAGCAGCAUCAGGGGGGGUCCUGCCAUGUCCCCCCAAGAGCCGCAUCACCGACUGCCUUCCCCUCUCAAUGCAUCUGCCAGAAGGAGACCCCAGACUGCCUUUGGGAGCAGAGACCACCCACCCUCAUCCAGAGACGGCGGUGCCUCCUGCUUCCUGCCUUUUCCUCCUCGCCCUCCGCCUGUGGCACCUGCUGCAACUAAGCCUGACCCCGCUCCCCUCCGGUCCCUCCAAGGAUGCUUCGCCUGCUAAAUUGGGGAGGGGGGU